AUGUACCUCCAGCAUGAAUCAGGCCAGGAUGUGGACCAGUGUGGGAUGCUGAAAUUGGCUGCUGUUGUCCCGGAAACGCCACUGCCAUUCCAGCGGUGCUCCUGUGAAUCUGGCACUGGUCAGUCUCCUUGUCUGGUUAGCUCGGGUGAGCCCUCCUGCUCGGAAACCACUGGCAGUCGGGGAAAGUGUUGUGAAGCCAGCCCCUGCCAACAGAGCUCCUGCCAGGAACCUGUCUACCUGUCUGGGUCAUGCCAGGCAGCCUGUGGCCUAUCAGUCUGCUGUGACAUAGCCUGCCACCCAUCCUGCUCUGAGGCAACUUUCUGUCCUGCAACACCUUGCCCACCAGCCAUCCGUGCAGCUAGUCUAUGCCAGCCAACUUGCUGCCAAGCACGUUCAUGUCAACUAAUUAGUGGUGAAGACCAGCCCUGCCAAUCAACUUAUUACCAACCUGUCUGCUACUUUUUUAAGUCUUGUCAAUCAGUUCCCUGCGUGCCUGUGCCCCACCAGCUGUGUCCUUGUGUUUUCUGUUCUUGCAAUCCUGCUUGCUGUUUCUCCUCCCCUUGCCAGACACUUCACUGCCCACCAGUUCCAUCCAUAACCUUCAUCUGCCAGCCAGUGGCUAACCCUUGUUCUGUAAAGAACCCUUGCAAACCAGCUUCCUGCAGCACCGUCCCUUCUGGCCAACCAACUUGUGGUGAACCUACUUCCUGCAAUCAAAGUGCCUGCAAAUCCCCUUCCUGCCAACAAGCUUGCUGUGUGACAGGUUCUGGCAAAUCAUCCAGUGGAGGUUCCAAUCGCUUCCGAACCACUGCUCCAAGUCUGCCAGGCCAGCACCUGCUAGCCAACUUCCUGCCAACCCAGCCAGGAGUCCAGCUUCAGUACAGUGACAUUUCAUUGAGAGAGCACUCUUUACACCUCCUCUGAGGUCUGCCACUGUCUGCAAGUGCAUAGCCACCCCAUGCUUGCUAACUUUACUCUGAGUCUGGCCCCCUCUUCUCUCCAGGUGCUGAUGAAGGAACUUGUCCAUCCACUAAGAGACCCUUCUUAACUGAGGAUAACCUUUCAGCAAGCAUGGUCCAAGCUAGAGCUUGCGUUUCCUGAUGUCAUCAUUUCAUUUCAGAAAAACCUUUCCUCUAGUUUUUCUUUCUUUUGAUGCUGCCAAGUCGUUAAGAAGA